CCUCGCCUGACGUUCAAUCGAUCAAGCCUGCCAGUCGCUCCAUCAAGUUGCCAGUCGCUCUAAACAUCAUUACUACACCGACUAAUUAAUAUCUCAACCACCACCACCUCCCUCAAUCAAGAUGCGUUCCACCUUCGCUACCCUCGCCAUUGUUGGCGCCGCCGCCGCCCAGGGUGUUGCCGGCAACGUUGCUCCCUCCACCUCCGCCCCCGCUGGCUGCCAGGUCAACUACCCCGGCACCUUCACCAUCGAGGUCGUUAACGUCACCACCACCGGCAAGCGUGACCUCGAGGCCCGUGACACUCCCGUCACCAUCAAGCUCCAGAACGGUGUCUUCACUGACGCUCAGGGCCGCAUUGGCUCCGUUGUCGCCAACGGCCAGAUCCAGUUCGAUGGUCCUCCGGCCCAGGCUGGUGCUAAGUACACCGCUGGCUGGUCCGUCUGCCAGAACGGCACUGUCGCCCUCGGCUCCCAGGUCGUCUUCUACCAGUGCUUGAGCGGUGGUUUCUACAACCUCUACGACCACAGCCUCGGCGGCCAGUGCGGUCCCAUCUACAUCCAGGCUGUUGGCUCCAGCAGCAACGCUGGUCAGAUCCCUGACGGCCAGGUCACCGCCGGCCGCCCUGCCACCCAGAUCUCCGACGGUCAGAUCCAGGCCACCACUGGUGCCGGUCGCGUCACCCAGAUCGGUGACGGUCAGAUUCAGGCUCCUACUGGCGCCAAGGUCACCCAGAUCGGUGACGGCCAGAUCCAGGCCCCUACCGGCGGUGCCAAGGUCACUCAGAUCGGUGACGGUCAGAUUCAGGCCCCUACCGGCCGCCCCGUCACCCAGAUCUCCGACGGACAGAUUCAGGCCCCCAAGACCACCGGCCGCCCUGUCACUCAGAUCUCUGACGGCCAGAUCCAGGCCCCCAAGACCACCCCCACUGCUGCUCCCACCCGCCCUGCCAACGGCACUGCCCCCACCACCACCUCCAAGGGCCCCAUCGCUGCCACUGGUGCCGCUGUCGCCAACGCCGUCGGUGCCUUCGGUAUCUUCGCCGGUGCCGUCGCCGUCGCUCUCCUGUAAGCGAUUUGACGCUGUACAUCGGUUCGACAAAAACUUUCUUAUUAUCCCGUGGGAUGGGAACUCUUGACUGAAGGCCACCCAUCAUAUCCACCUCUUUAAUUCAUGGCACGGGAGUCGUCGGCCGAGUACACUCGCCGCCGGCUCUCGUGUGGCACACGACACGACCUCGAGCGACAUGGCAUUCUUAAUGGGACACACGCAUACAACUACAUGGUUACACGAGUCCUCUUUAAACCCUACUCUCGUCACGACGAUCGAGAGGAGAGAGGAGCAGGGCGUUGGAGAUGACAGAAAGGGUCUUGCAUAGCUGGACAUGUUUAUCCUGCUUGGGGCGUUUUUGUCAUCGCAGGCUUGUAUCUAGGUAGCUUUAUCUCAAUGGAACUUCAUCAAACUGUAACAAA